AUAUGCAACAUAAACAAAUUAGGGUUCACUUCAUUAACAGUCGACGCCCGCAUUAUUUUUACUCGCCGCCGUUCACGACCACGGUCCACCGCUGCGGCGCCGCCCGCCGCCCACCUCCGUUCACUUUUCACUACCCCCACUCCAAUUUCUUGCGAGGUGUAAAUAUGUUCAAUCUAACGAAAUUGGAGCAUACGUUAAGACUGGAGCCUCAUCUUUUGACCCUUCCUCUCAACGAAGCCAUUAAGGGAGAGCUCGAACGUCUCUUCGUCGAUAAGAUAAUCGCAAAGUUGGGCCUAUGCAUAUCUGUAUACGAUAUAGAAUCAAUUGACGGUGGUUUUAUUUUUCCCAACGAAGGCGCUCCAACCUACACAGUAAAAUUCAGGCUGAUAAUAUUUCGGCCCUUUGUAGGAGAAAUUAUAUCUGCAAGACUAAAAGAGUCAAACGCUGAUGGUUUACGGUUAUCACUUGGAUUUUUUGAAGAUAUAUACAUACCCGAAUUGCUAAUGCCGGAGCCAUCCGAAGCUGAGCCUGACCCAGAAAACAAGGGCCAAGUUAAAUGGACAUGGUUAUUUAACGACGAGAAGUAUUUAAUAGACGGAGUCGAUGAGAUUAGGUUCCGGGUUCAAAACAUUAAGUUCCCUGAAAUCCCAAGAGAGCAAAAAGACCCGAAGCCUUUUGCCCCGAUGGAGAUCAUUGGAUCACUUGUGUCGGAGGGCGGUUUGGGCCCCGUUUCAUGGUGGGUGUAGUCGAUGCGAACAAAAUUUUCUGUUGGUUAUGCCUUGUAGAUCAGAAAAAUGUUAUUUUCAUACAUCUUUUCUGCAAAUUUUGAGUUUUUUGUUCACAGUUUUUAUAUAUUAGCUUAGUUAGUACUUUAAAAGUCA